UUAAAUACAUAAAAAAUAUUUUUAUUAAUUACAACAAAAUGAAUUUUAAGAUAUAUUUGUUUUUGUUAAUUUUAAAAGGCAUCUAUGAUGGUGCUUUCAGAGGUCACCCUCGUGGUCGUGGCCUCCAGGGUCAUAUUGACGGAGGAGGUCACCCUCGAGGCCUUCAAGGUUAUAUUGCUGGAGGUCACCCUCGUGGUCGUCGCCUCCAGGGUGAUAUUGACGGAGGUGGUCACCCUCAUGGCCUUCAAGGUUAUAUUGCUGGAGGUCACCCUCGUGGCCGUGGCCUCCAGGGUGAUAUUGACGGAGGUGGUCACCCUCGUGGCCUUCAAGGUUAUAUUGCUGGAGGUCACCCUCGUGGUCGUGGCCUCCAGGGUGAUAUUGACGGAGGAGGUCACCCUCGUGGCCUUCAAGGUUAUAUUGCUGGAGGUCACCCUCGUGGCUUUCUACCUGGGGAUCUACCUCGUGGACUCCAGGGUGCUGCUGCUGGAGGUGUCCCUCGUGGACUCCAGGGUGCUGCUGCUGGAGGUGUCCCUCGUGGACUCCAGGGUGCUGCUGCUGGAGGUGUCCCUCGUGGACUCCAGGGUGCUGCUGCUGGAGGUGUCCCUCGUGGACUCCAGGGUGCUGCUGCUGGAGGUCACUCUCGUGGACUCGAGGGUGCUGCUGCUGGAGGUCACUCUCGUGGACUCCAGGGUGCUGCUGCUGGAGGUCACUCUCGUGGACUCCAGGGUGCUGCUGCUGGAGGUCACUCUCGUGGACUCCAGGGUGCUGCUGCUGCUGCUGGAGAUCUCUCUCGUGGACUCCAGGGUGCUGCUGCUGGAGAUCUCUCUCGUGGACUCCAGGGUGCUGCUGCUGGAGAUCUCUCUCGUGGACUCCAGGGUGCUGCUGCUGGAGAUCUCUCUCGUGGACUCCAGGGUGCUGCUGCUGGAGAUCUCUCUCGUGGACUCCUGGGUGCUGCUGCUGGAGGUCACUCUCGUGGACUCCAGGGUGCUGCUUGCUGCUGGAGAUCUCUCUCGUGGACUCCUGGGUGCUGCUGCUGGAGAUCUCUCUCGUGGACUCCAGGGUGCUGCUGCUGAAGAUCUAUCUCGUGGACUCCAGGGUGUUCCUGCUGGAGGUGUCCCUAGUGGUCAGCCUGGUACUGUGGUAAGGGAUGAAUAUCAUUAUGAUACCAUGGUUCAAGGUGCAGACCACCGUCCGUAUCAGUACCAGAGUAGCAGCUUAGAAGUCCUAGAACGGUGGGACAAGCUGUUACAAGAUUCAGCCUGGGACGAGCUAUCAGAUGAUUCAGACUGGGACGAGCUAUCAGAUGAUUCAGACUGGGACGAGCUAUCAGAUGAUUCAGACUGGGACGAGCUAUCAGAUGAUUCAGACUGGGACGAGCUAUCAGAUGAUUCAGACUGGGACGAGCUAUCAGAUGAUUCAGACUGGGACGAGCUAUCAGAUGAUUCAGACUGGGACGAGCUAUCAGAUGAUUCAGACUUGGACGAGCUAUCAGAUGAUUCAGACUGGGACGAGCUAGUAUUAGAUGAUACAGACUGGAAUGAGCUAGUAUUAGAUGAUUCAGACUGGGAUGAGCUAGUAUUAGAUGAUUCAGACUGGGAUGAGCUAGUAUUAGAUGAUUCAGACUGGGAUGAUGAGCUAUCAGAUGAUUCAGACUGGGAUGAUGAGCUAUCAGACAGCGAUGAUGAGCGAUUAGGUGAUUCAGACUGGGAUGAGGAGCUAUCAGAUGAUUCAGACUGGGAUGAUGAGCUCUCAGGUGAUUCAGACAGCGAUGAUGAGCUCUCAGGUGAUUCAGACAGCGAUGAUGAGCUCUCAGGUGAUUCAGACAGCGAUGAUGAGCUCUCAGGUGAUUCAGACAGCGAUGAUGAGAUCUCAGGUGAUUCAGACAGCGAUGAUGAGCUCUCAGGUGAUUCAGACAGCUAUGAUGAGCUCUCAGGUGAUUCAGACAGCGAUGGUGAGCUCUCAGGUGAUUCAGACAGCGAUGACGAGCUCUCAGGUGAUUCAGACAGCGAUGACGAGCUCUCAGGUGAUUCAGACAGCGAUGAUGAGCUCUCAGGUGAUUCAGACAGCGAUGAUGAGCUCUCAGAUGAUUCAGACAGCGAUGAUGAGCUCUCAGAUGAUUCAGACAGCGAUGAUGAGCUCUCAGGUGAUUCAGACAGCGAUGAUGAGCUCUCAGGUGAUUCAGACAGCGAUGAUGAGCUCUCAGGUGAUUCAGACAGCGAUGAUGAGCUCUCAGGUGAUUCAGACAGCGAUGAUGAGCUUUCAGGUGAUUCAGACAGCGAUGAUGAGCUUUCAGGUGAUUCAGACAGCGAUGAUGACUCAUCGGACGACGAUUCAUCUGAUGAGUUAUCGGAGUCUCUCUCGUACGAUAAGGAAAGCUUGGAUAAAAUUGAAAAUACCAUACAACAGUGUGAAAGCCGCACCGGAAUUCUGAGGAAGGUGGAAAAUGAUCUAUUCGAGUGCAGACGAGAGGGACAUGUGCAGAAAGUGAGGAAUGCUGAGUUGCUUGCUGAUCUGGUGGACCUCAAGUUCCUCGUUAAAGAACUGCAAGAUGAGAUCGUUGGCUAG